AUGUGGAGGAAAACCCGGUCAAUCAAUGCAGGCUCUUCUUGUGUUGGGGUGGACCCAAACCGGAACUGGAAUGCUGGCUUUGGAGGUCCUGGAUCCAGCAGCAAUCCUUGUGAUGAGACGUACCAUGGAUCAAAGCCUCAUUCUGAACCUGAAGUUAGUGCUAUUGUGGACUUUAUCCUAGCACAUGGUGAUGUGAAGGCUAUGCUCACCAUACACAGCUACUCUCAGAUGCUGCUGUUUCCUUAUGGCUACACAAAUAAUCUUGCACCUGAUCACCAGGAGCUGAAUGAAUUGGCCAAAGAAGCAGCUGCUGCUUUAUCAUCUUUACAUGGAACUCAGUAUAGAUAUGGCACCACCAUUGCAACCAUUUAUCAGGCGGAUGGCACAACAACUGACUGGGCAUAUGAUAACGGCAUAAAAUAUUCCUACACCUUUGAGUUACGAGAUACUGGGAAAUAUGGCUUCCUCCUUCCUGCUGAGCAAAUCCUACCUACAGCUGAGGAGACAUGGUUGGCACUAAUGGCAAUUAUGGAGCAUGUCAGAGAUCAUCCGUAUUGA